GCGGUUUCCAUCGUUUCGAUGUUUCCCGUGUUUUAAAAAUUACGUUAACCCAACAAAUAAUCAGAAAUACAUUUAAAGGAAUAUGUUAUUUAGUAGCUCACUCCGUAUAUUGAAGUAGUAACAUAAGUGCAACAUUUGUUAGUGUAACAAAUGAACACUCCGUGUAACAAAUAAACAAAUAGUGUAACAAAUGAACGGGAAAUGUACUGUGUUAAGGUGAUGAGUGAAUAAAUUGCGGAAUGAGGUCGGAACGAUCCUGGUUCUGCUCGAUGCUACAAGCAUUGGCCUUUUUGCCAACAAUGGCUUUAAAAGAUUCUCACACAACGAAGAAAUUUUCAGAGGAACCUGAAUUCGAGUAUCCUAUUGGCAACCACACCUUUUUCCUGGGCCGUGAAGCAGUACUUGGGUGCUCAGUUCUUAACCUCGCUAAACACAAGGUAGGAUGGCUCCGUGCAGAGGAUCAGACAGUCCUGACAAUGCACGAGCGUGCGGUUCUUGGGUCGCGCUACGCUGUCACCCUGGACCCACCUAGGACGUGGCAGCUGCGUAUAAGGCCACUAAGGGCGGAAGACCGGGGCUGCUAUAUGUGCCAGAUAAAUACUCAGCCAACUAUGACUUGGCAGAUUGGGUGUAUCGAUGUUUUUGUGCCUCCAGAUAUAAUGAGUGAUGAUACAUCUGGGGAUGUAUCGGUUCAAGAGUUGGAGAAUGCGACUCUAACUUGCAAAGCGACUGGACAUCCUGCCCCCAAGAUCACGUGGAGGAGGGAAGAUCACGAGCCGAUAUUGCUGAAGAAACCUAACUCUAGAGAGUUUGAAAAAGUGGAAAGUUACGUAGGCAGCUCAAUGCCCUUAUGGAGAGUGGAUCGGCGGCAAAUGGGCGCCUUUCUAUGUAUAGCAUCCAAUGAUGUGCCUCCAGCCGUUAGCAAGCGCAUCACUCUUAAUGUUAACUUUGCUCCAACAGUUAAAGUUCCAAACCAGCUGCUAGGAGCACCCUUGGGGACGGAUGUCAAGCUCAAAUGCUACGUGGAGGCAUACCCGAAUACAAUUAACUAUUGGAUCAAAAAUAGGGGAGAAAUGCUAUUAGAUGGCCCAAAGUACACAAUACGCGAGGAGAAGUCCUCCUACAAAGUAUCGAUGUGGCUGACCAUCCGACAAUUCGCAAAGAGUGAUAUCGGUACAUACAACUGUGUCAGUACUAAUUCAUUGGGAAAAAGUGAAGGGACAUUGCGGUUGUAUGAAAUUAAACUCAACUCGCCAGAGGACUUCAGCAAUCAAAUAAGCGUGGCGGGAGGUCUAACAGAAGCGGCAAAAGCGAAUUCACAGGAAAGGAUACAUAUAAAAAGGACAUUGUUAAUAUUAAUAGUCAGUUGUGUAUAUCUGUAUGUACUGUAGAGUUUGUUUAAAUAAACGCGAAAAUGUAUGCUUUAAAGUAAUCCAAUUACAUUGUUUCAAAUUGUAAAUAUAAAUAAGAUUAUGUUAUCAUUGUGUUUUUGCUGGGAUCUAUAGUAUGUCUUUAUAGAUAAUAUUAUGUUAUAGAUAAUACGAGGAUUUCAUUUUUGCGACCUCUUCAACAAUAAUCAUUACAAUUAGUCAAGUCAAGUUCGUUUAUACGGCAGAAAUUUUAUAAUAAUUAUUACUUAUGUGCGUACUAAAACCAAAGCUAAUAGGAUCUAAGUGUAUAACGGGAAGAAGCUUUUCUCUAUUGUCGUUACUGUUACAAAUAGGACACUGUCCAUUGAUGCAAUCGUCUUAAACCUACGUUGUUAAAAAGUGUAAGCGAAACCCGAAAACUACUCGCUUCAUACUACAUAUGUGCACACAAUCAUUAUUUAUGUUUUUAUUAUAGUAUAUAUUUAAAUUAAGGUAAGUAAUUCGAGAUUGUCACACGAUACAUGUAACUGGGUAUGCACCGGCUCCUAAAAUACAAUUUUCACAGGAGCCUGAGAUGCAGGUUGUGUAACCUGUUUUUGAAGAAAAAAAAUUACAAUAUUAUUAUAGAUAUAAUAUUACUAAUAACGAUACCAGGUAAAACAUUUAAAAGUCACUAUUUAGUAAUAAAUCUUACUUUCUACACACAUUCAUUCUUAAUAACUAUUAUUUUAAAUCACUAAGUAAAUUAAUAUCAUAUGCGAUUACAAAUGUAUCGUAAACAAUGGUAUAAAAAAAUGUAUUUAAAAUAAAUACAUUUUUUCGUUGUGCAAGUUGCAAGUACCAUCACGAACGUUUAUUAAAUAAAAAUAUUUGCAGUACAUUCUAUAGAUCUCAGUUUUAGUAUUCAUACUUAUCGGCAAGGGGAAAAUUAGUGAAAAGCAAUGAUACAUUUAAAUGAAAUACAUAAAUUACAUUUUACUUAAAUGUAUGUAAAAAACUUUUAACAUUUACAUAAACAAAUCUAGAUAAAAUUAACCCUGCCUUAGUGUGAUAUAAUAAGGUAUAUUAAAAAUUUCGCUUAGA